AUGCCUUCGCCUCAGACACUGACAUUCCCUCCUAGGAUAAAAGAGUUGCCUUAUCCAGUGGCGAUAGGGACAAGAGGUACCGCUGGAUCACUCAUCAUGCGGGAGAUAGAGUACUUCAGCCGUCUCCAGUUAGGCCACAACAAGCCCCUGCACCAGCUAGGCAACCAGUUGACAGGAUCCAAGCGAGAGUCGGCUAUUACCAGUGUUCCUGAGAAGAAGAAGAAGAGAGCAAGCAACAAGCUCAUACCGAGCAUGUGUUCUAUGGUGGAAGUAGCGGAAAGCAAACAGGCGAAAACAGCUUCUUCCGGAUUUGCUUACAGGAGUCUCAAAGCGGAUGUUAAGAGGUCAUAG